UUAAACCCUAAACAUAAUUAAUGUCAAAUUAAAUAAAUAAAUCAGCGUGCCAGCUUCUCCUAAGUUACUAUAAAUAACAAAAAAAAUACAUUUCUUCAACAAUCCGAUGGAACACCAAAACCCCUCCACCGAUAAACCAAGCACUCUCCCGGCCAAAUUCCUCCACCAAGUUCGAACCAAUCUACUCUUCAAGUCCAAAUGGGCUGAGCUCAACGGCGCCAUGGGAGACCUGGGCACUUACAUACCCAUCGUCCUGGCCCUCACUUUGGCUAGAGAUCUCAACCUCGGCACCACCCUCAUCUUCACCGGUGUCUAUAACAUUAUCACCGGCGCCAUCUACGGCGUCCCCAUGCCGGUCCAACCAAUGAAGUCCAUCGCCGCCGUAGCUUUGUCCAACUAUGAUUUUGGUAUCCCAGAGAUUAUGGCCGCCGGGAUCUUAACUGGCGGAGUCCUCUUCGUACUGGGUGUUACUGGGCUGAUGCAGCUCGUUUAUAAGCUGAUUCCUCUGAGUAUCGUUCGUGGGAUUCAGCUUGCUCAGGGGUUGUCGUUUGCCAUGACGGCAGUGAAGUACGUGCGAAAUAUUCAGAACCUGCCCAAGUCGAAAUCGUUAGGCAAGAGGCCAUGGACGGGUUUCGACGGACUAAUUUUGGCUGUCGUUUGCGCUUGUUUUAUUGUCAUAAUUAAUGGCGCCGGUGAAGAGCAGAGAACCCAAAAUUCAAAUUCCGAUAGUACGGAUGAUACUAGAGACGACCAAGACCAUGAACAGGAACGAGAAAGUCUACCCAUUAGCCGAUUCGAUCAGUGGAAGAAGAAGAUUACUUUGGUUACGAUUCCUUCGGCAUUUUUGGUGUUCUUGUUAGGUGUCGUUUUUGCCUUCAUAAGAAAGCCAAAUCUCGUUAAAGACAUCCAAUUUGGCCCUUCACCAAUAGAGGUUGUCAGAAUAACUCGCCGAGCAUGGAGGGACGGGUUCGUCAAGGGAACAAUACCGCAACUCCCGCUGUCCGUACUGAACUCCGUCAUUGCCGUCUGCAAGCUUUCGUCGGACCUCUUCCCCGGAAAGGAUUUCACAGCGACGUCAGUCUCCGUCACAGUGGGGCUGAUGAACGUGGUGGGCUGCUGGUUCGGGGCCAUGCCAUGCUGCCAUGGCGCCGGGGGGCUGGCCGGUCAGUACAAGUUUGGCGGAAGGAGCGGUGCAUGCGUGGCCAUACUCGGUGCGUGCAAAUCAACGCUUGGAUUGGUGAUGGGGACGUCGCUGGUGGCGAUACUGACCCAGUUUCCGGUAGGGGUUUUGGGGGUUUUGCUGCUGUUCGCGGGGAUUGAGCUUGCGAUUACUGCGAGGGACAUGAGGACCAAGGAGGACUCGUUCGUGGUUCUCGUCUGUACGGCGGUGUCCCUCGUGGGCUCUAGUGCUGCACUGGGCUUCGUUUGUGGAAUGUUUGUUUAUGGGCUUCUCAGUCUUAGAAAACUGGGCUCGGGGAAGUCCUUUUCUGCCAUAUGGAUGCAUGGGAGUGGGACCCCCUAAAGGUAAAAAAAAAGAAAGAAAGAAAAGUUAAUUACAUUUUAAUCUCAAAUUUUUUUUUUUUGGUCGGGUAAUCUCAAAUACUUUCAGUUUAUAAGUAAAAUGUUAAAUUUAGUCAAUCAUGUUUUUAUAUGGAAACAAACUUACCUUUCAAAAAUGUUUCUCACAGAUAAAUUUCCCUAUAUUGAUUAUCAUAAACAUGUUUGAAUAGGUACUUACUAAGUUCACCUACUUUUAAUAUGUUAUUACGAUAAUAUAUCCUUAGAAACAUCAGCUAAUUUUGCUGAGUCAUAGAACUAUUGUGUACGGUUCUAUGUUUGAGCGUUCAAACUAGCCAAAAAGGGUAUGCGACAAAAAACGCCAACUGUAUUGUAUUCAGAUUGUUGUUUCAAAUAAGGAUGUGUUUGUACUCUCAAAUCCACAUCAAGGUAAGGUUUACUCACUACUUGGUGAGUAUUGAUUUUUUAAGCUUGUCACACUUUGUAAAUCAUUACCUGUACUCUGCAUCUGCAGUACUGUAUAUAUUUGUAAUAUAAUAUUGAAUUAGAUGAAAAGAUCUUAUUUAUACUA